UCUCUCUCUCUCUCUCUCUCUCUCUCUCUCUCUCUCUCUCUCUCUCUCUCUCUCAUUUUUGCUGCCUGCCUCGCUUUCCGUCUUCCCAGUUCCUUCCUUUUGAUGCAUCAACUCUCUCCUUUCCUCUAAAUCCAUCCAUUUGGUUUCUCCCCUGUGCAAGGCCUAAUUUUGCUCCUGCUUGCUGCGCUACCUCUGGUGUGCCGGGAGAUGACGGGGCUUCCUGGCUUGGUGGUUGACGCAGCAAUAGGAUGGCUGGUGGAAACCAUCCUUGGGAGCUACUUCACUGAACAGAUUGAAGCCUGGACUCGUGAAAUUGGGCUUGCUGAAGAUGUGGAGAAGCUCAAAUUUGAGAUGAGAAACGUGGAGAUGGUUCUUGCUGCUGCCGAGGGAAGGAGGAUUGAAAACAAGCCUCUGGCACGGUCACUGGAUUUUCUCAAAGAGCUGCUUUAUGACUCAGAGGAUGUGAUGGACGAGCUCGAUUACUAUCGACUCCAGCAGCAGAUCGAAGAAGGGAAAGGUUGUAGUGCUCCUAGUGGUGUUAAUCCUGAGGGAAGCUAUGUGUCCUCAUCAGCUCCAUCUUCUGCUUUUGAAUUAGUAUGCAGCGCCACAAGCGGAAUGACUAGUUGGGCCUCAAGCAGCAGAAAAAGGAAGCGUGAAGAGGAGGGGCCAGUUCAAAGUACUAUGCUGACUUAUGAGAUUAAGCAUGACAUUUCUCAGAGGAUCAACGGAAUAGUGAAAGGUUUAUGCACUAUUGGCAAUUCCGUGCAGAGAGUUCUUCAGCUUGAGGUCUCGCGCCCCACUUCAACAUCACUUGAGAGUCAGAAUAUUUCUAAUAAUGGUCGGCUGACAACUUCUGUUCCAGUUGUUAAGAUGUAUGGGAGGGAGUCAGAGAGAGACAAUAUAAUAGAGCUGUUGAUAGAGGGGGGAUCUAGUGAUCUGAAUGUUUUGCCAGUGGUUGGCAUUGGUGGUGUUGGGAAGACAACUCUUGCUAGAUUUGUAUGCAAGGACCAAAGAAUUAGAGAUCAUUUUGAUCUGCAAAUGUGGGUUUGUGUAUCCACUGACUUCAAUGAAGUGAGGCUAACACGUGAGAUCCUAGAGCAUGUAUGUGAAAAUAGACAAGAAUAUGAAGAUAUAAGCAAUUUCAAUGUACUGCAGAAGAACCUUUUGAAGAAUAUCAGAAACAAAAGAUUUCUGCUUGUAUUGGAUGACAUGUGGGAAGAUAAGGACAGGAGUGGAUGGAUUAAAUUCUUGGCUCCAUUGAAAGGUAAUCAAGCAAGUGGUUGCAUGAUACUAGCAGCAACUAGAAUGGAUUCAGUUGCAAAAAUGAUACAAACGAUGGAUAAAGUCAGAUUGAGUGGCCUGAAUGAAGAGGAGUUUUGGCUGUUAUUCAAGGCAUGUGCAUUUGGUAACGAGAACUAUGAGGGUGAUCCUGGUUUACAGUCUAUUGGGAAACAGAUUGUUAAAGCACUAAAGGGCUGCCCACUAGCCGCACAAAGUGUUGGUGCACUUUUGAACACAAGUGUUAGCGAUAAGCAUUGGAGGGCAGUUCGUGACAAAUGGAGAUCUCUUCAAGAAGAUGCUAAUGAUAUUUUACCCGUCUUGAAGCUUAGUUAUGAUUAUCUCCCAGUCCACCUUCAACACUGUUUCUCGUACUGCUCUUUAUAUCCAGAGGACAAACAUUUUGAUGGGAAAGAAUUGGUCCAUGCUUGGGUAUCACAGAAUUUCGUGCAGUGUGAAGACCCUACGAUGAAAUUGGAAGAAACAGGGCAGCAAUAUUUGGAAAGAUUAGUUGAUUUGUGCUUCUUCCAAAAGGCUGGCUCACGUUAUGUUAUGCAUGAUCUAAUGCAUGAAUUGGCAGGGAAAGUUUCAUCAAAUGAGUGUGCUACUAUACAUGGAUUGAAACAUGAGGCAAUUCGACCGAGUGUUCGCCAUUUGUCAGUCAUAACUACUGCUUUUGAUAAAGAUAAACCUGACAGUUUUCCUAAUGAGAAGUUUGAUAAAAUACUUGAGAAGGUUGGGCCUUCGCAAAAAUUGAGGACUUUGAUGUUUUUUGGGCGAAGCAGCAUAAAUUUAUUAGAGUCCUUGCGUACAUUAUGCAAGAAGGCAAACUGUUUACGGGUCCUAAGAAUUUAUGUGACAUAUGCUGACAUGAGCUCUAUACACAGUUUGUUCAAUCCAUACCAUCUUCGCUAUCUUGAAUAUAUUCCUGUUGACAUUACAGAUAGAUCGUCAUAUAGAGUCUACAACAACACUGUGUUUCCUCAAGCAUUGACAAGAUUUUAUCACCUUCAAGUAUGGAAUGUGGGUAUUUCAGGCAAUUUUGCUGUGCCUACUGAUAUGCAUAAUCUUGUUAAUUUGCGCCAUCUUAUUUCUCAUGAGAAAGUGCAUCAUGCAAUAGCCUGUGUUGGAAACAUGACCUCUCUUCAGAGACUAAGUUUCAAGGUUCAAAAUAUCGGUAGUUUUGAGAUAAGAGAACUUCAGUCCCUGAAUGAGCUUGUAGUACUUAAAAUUUCUCAACUUGAAAAUGUGAAGACUAAAGAAGAGGCCAGUGGGGCCAGGCUAUUGGACAAAGAGUAUCUAAAAACAUUGUCCUUGUCAUGGCAGGAUAACAGCACGAGCCUUCAGACAGAGGCAGCAAAGGAUGUGCUUGAAGGUCUUCAACCACAUCAGGACCUCAAAACUCUAAAAAUAACUGGAUAUGGUGGUCUCACCUCCCCAACCUGGCUUUCUAAUACUUCCUCAGUUACCUUGCUGCAGAUACUUCAUCUGGAGAAGUGCAGGGAAUGGAAUUUUUUUCCAGCUCCUGCAAUGCUUCCUUUCCUUAGGAAGUUGACAUUGAUCAGAAUGUUGAAUUUAACGGAAAUCUCAGUUCCUUCCUUGGAAGAGUUGAUCUUGAUUGAUAUGCCAAAACUGGACAAAUGUAUUGGUUCUUAUGGAAUGGAAUUGACUUUUCGUCUAAGGGUUUUGAUGAUCAAGAACUGUCCUCAACUGAAUGAGUGCACUCUUUUCCAGAGUUACUCUUCUUUCGACACUGAGCAGAAAUCAUGGUUUCCAUCUCUCAGGAAACUCUCCAUCGGGCAGUGUCCUCGUAUAUUAAACAACUGGCCAAUCCUUCCACUAAAAGAAAUGGAGGCGCUCAAGGAGUUGGAGUUGGUGGACCUACAUGUUAUCAGGGUGUCAGUUUCUUCUCUGGAGAAGUUGGUGUUGACUAAAAUGCCAAGCCUGGAAUUCUGCAGCAGUCUAACGACCCAAGGAAAUCAAAUGGAAUGGCCAUCUAGCCUGCGUAAACUUACCAUCCAUGAUUGCCCUUGUUUGAUAGUGUCACCUCCUCUGCCGCCUUCUGCUUUGAUUUCCGAGAUGUCCAUCAGGGGAGUUCCGGGACUUGCAGAAAUGCGUAUAAUAAACCGGAGAGGGAUCAUCAUCAAAUCUAACGAGUUGAGUGUGCUGGAUGACACUACCCUGGCAUUCAAUAACCUUGGGGGCAUAACGUCGUUUCAAAUAAAUAAUUGUCCCAAUCUGGCCUCGGUUUCAAGUAAAGCUUUCAGCCAGCUCAUCGCUUUAGAGAUUUUAUGUAUACACGACUGCCCUAAUCUUACUAUGUCAAACAUCAUGCCAGAGGUUGUCCAGGAAAACAGCACAUCUGCAAGCAGCCUUGUCUUCCCAUCUCUCAAAUACGUCAACAUUAGCACAUGUGGUGUAACUGGGAGGUGGCUAUCUCAACUGCUUUCACAUUCACAGCGCCUUGAGGAGUUGCAAUUAACUGCUUGUUCACAGAUAAAGUUUCUAUCUAUCAGUCAACCUACAGAAACAGAAGGAACCAGCAGUUUGGCUUCAGCAGGGAUGAUCUCAGCCCAAGAUGAACAAGAGUUGAGACUGCCAUGUGAUCUCCUAUGUUCUCUCAAGAUGCUAUGUAUUCGGCAAAGCCUGGAUCUAAAGUUCUUUGGGGGUAAUAGAGACUCAACAAGAUUCACCUCUCUUUCACAGCUAGUCCUUUUUGGUUGCCCCAAGCUUGUCUCAUCGUUGUUGGGUGAAACGAAAGAUGACGGUACCAUUGAUGUUGGAUUACUCCCACCAUCACUUGAAGACCUCUGUAUCAGUCAUCUCCCAGAAAACCUGCAGUCCUUCGCUCCUCAAGGCCUUCUCUACCUAAAAAAGUUAAAUCUAUUUAAUGGCCCGUGUUUGACGUCUGUACAACUGCAUUCUUGCACGGCUUUACAGGAGCUGCAAAUCGGGAGUUGUGUCCAGCUGGCUGUACUGGAGGGCUUGCAGUUCCUGACCUCCCUUCGAAGCUUGAAUAUCGAGAUGAAUCCCGAGCUGUCUUCUGCAUGGGAUCUCAACCUGCAGGAGCAAGAACAGGGUGGCAAUCAAAUUCCGCUGCUUCCUCCGUCACUUGAUAAACUUGAGAUCAGUGCUCUCACGGACAGUGUCCAAUCCCGUCUUCUGUCCUGCCUUCCUGUCAUGACCAAUUUAGCAAUACGGAGAAGUCCAGAAUUGACGUCUCUACAGCUGGGAUGCUGCAUUGCACUGAAAGAGUUGGGAAUUGAAGAUUGCAGCUCGCUUGCAUCGAUCGAGGGCCUCCAGUUCUGUACAAACCUGACAUCCUUGAGAGUACUCAACUCCCCUGGCCUAGUUUCCUGUUUGGAGCUUGUGUCGCAUCAGCAAAGGCCCUCUGAUAUCUAGUCUGGACUGAGGACUCUUGAGAUUGAUGACGCAUCUGUUCUUUCCAUGCCCUUCUGCAAACAGCUCACAUCUCUAACACACCUACGGUUCAGAUGUCAGAGUGGUGAACAGAGAGGGAACUUGGUGAGCCUGACAGGGGAACAAGAGAGAGCGUUACAGCUUCUAACCUCCCUUCAAGAACUUGAAUUCUCGUGGUACACGAAUCUCCAGUCACUUCCUGCAAACCUUCAUAGUCUGACCUCCCUUGAGACGUUAUUUAUCAAUUAUUGUCAGAGCAUCACAAGGCUGCCAGACAUGGGCCUCCCAACUUCUCUCACGUUUCUUCAGUUAUUCCAUUGCAGUGAGGAGCUAGCCAUGCAAUGCAGAAUUGCUGCAACGCAUAAGCUACGGGUCAUAAUUGAUAAUCAGUGCGUGAAUUAAUCACCAGUAUCUACUUCUAAGACUGCAGCCACCCCAGAUGUUGUACAUAUUUCUGUGCUCGCUGUCAACGGCACAUUUGUGACAAGUGCCAUAUGCCUAUUCGGUUUUCCACGAGCUACUCUAGCUUCAUGAUGGACGGAUGCAGGAAACCAUAUAUUGGAAGUGAAAGCCUUUUUUGUUCAUCAGAGGCCUUAGAAGUACUGGUGAUUAAUUCACACACUGUCUCUUCUACACAAGAUGAGCUCACGGCCAGCCACCGACUAGAAGAGACACAGGUGGCUGGCCGUGAGCUAUGCUAUAGCAAGGCUUACCAUGGUUUGUUAUUCAGUAAAACCACACACAGCGGACUGCUCGAACCAACCUCACGCAGGAUGCUUACUGUUACCAUGUUACAUCGCGGCAUUUGGAAUCUGCGGUCAACCAGGACUACCAGAUGACUGCACAUCAAUUUGCUGGUCGCCUGACUCUGCCAUUUUCGGUGUGGAUUGGCGCAGUUGGGCCAUGUCCAUGAAAAACUCUUCGUGUACAGAAAAUCAGUCGGUGACGACCUCCUAUGACAACUGGAGGCCGAAGUCUUCUCGCUGCUCAUAUACUUGGAGUCACCCGUGCUUGAGACAACAAGAAGAUGGGACAACAAAUGUUUCCAAGCUAGUAAAAUGCUACCACCUGUGGAACAGAGGGAGACCACAUCCUGAUUGAAGAUGGAUAGUAGAAAUACAGUCGAAUGGCGACAACUCUCAGUAAUACUAGUUGAAUUUGUACUUUGCUAUGCGACCUUCUGUGCCUGAGUUAAUUGCAUGAAUAUACCACAACUGCGGCUAGGUUGACGAAUCA